AUGUGUGAAGACAUCAGUAACUUAGUUGACAUACUAUUAUUGCAAAACACUGGUGCCUUUCGCAGAUCACCUAUUCCCGAAUGGACGAUGUGUGAAGAUAUUGGUAGCUUAGUUGGCAUACUGUCAUUGCAAAACACUGGUGCCUUUCACAGGUCACCUAUUCCUGAAUGGGCGAUAUUGGUCACCUGUUCCCGAAUGGGGGAUGUGUGGAGACAUCGGUGCCCUUUCGUAGGUUGUUUCCCGCUUUCAAAUGGGGUGAUUUGCGAUUUAUUGAAAGGCUACGAAUCAGUCGAAUGGGCGAUUUGCGAAGACUUCGAUAUUAUAGCAAUAUUUCAAGCUACCGGUUUAGAAAUAAAUACCUAA